CGUGCUUGAGGCUCAAUGUGAAGUACACCAAUCGCACUCCGUUCCGGUGUUGUGGUUAUAAUUUAUUCAUUGUACAAAACUGCGAUAAAUGCACUAAUCUCACAGGAUUGUAUGACUCAAAAAACUUUCUCCGGGGAAGGUUAGCUUACGGUUCACUAUACGCGAGAGCGAGACGGAAGAUAAUAUGGACAAGUGUAGAGUAUAAAUACCCUGCGAGACGUGUGACAACGUGUGAGCACGUGUUGUAACGUUGAGACAUUGUGCAAUUCACGAAGUAAUCGUUAUUGGAACGAAUUAUUGGAGGUGAUAUCUAGUCAUGGAAGGAUUCGAGGAAGGGCAAUUCAGCGACGCUGACGAGGACGAGCUGCUUUGUUGGCAGAAUAGAUUUAAAGCAAAGCCUGUAUUCAAUGUGGAUCCUAAAAAGCUACUUGAGAAACAAGUAGCUGAUCUGCACAUUACAGACGGUAAAGAGAACAAUGAUGACGACGAGGACGAUAAUUAUUGUAACAAUGAUUACGAUUUGGAUGAGGAAAAGAAUAUUGUGGUAAAGACGGAUUCACAGAAAUCCAACAGUCAGGCUGUAUCAACAAAGGUAACGAAUUAUCAACCUAAACACAAGCUGUUAUCCCGUUACGCCAAUAAAAUUAAUUUGGAGAAAUAUGCGGGUCCUUCAUUGCCAGGCCACGUGGCCAACGUGCUGAUCGAGAACGACAAACGGGUCGAUAAAGAUCGCAUAAGAAUGAAAGACAAGAAAGAUCAUGCGACGAUUGAGAACGUGUUGGAUUCGCGCAUCAAGAACAAAUUGCACAAGCUGUUCGAGAGAGGAGUGCUGGCGGAGAUAAACGGCUGCAUCUCGACUGGGAAAGAGGCCAAUGUCUAUUAUGCAAGGUCAAAGAACGAUGACGAGAUUGCUAUCAAGAUAUACCGAACGUCUAUCCUGACGUUCAAAAAUCGAGAGAAGUAUAUCAGGGGCGAGUACCGUUUCGACCACGUGCACUCCCUGCACAAUCCGCGCAAAAUGGUGAAGGUCUGGGCGGAGAAGGAAUUUUCGAAUUUGAAGCGCCUGGAGCAAGGUGGUGUCCGAGCGCCGCACCCGAUUUUAUAUGGUGGCCAUUUGUUGCUCAUGGAAUUUUUGGGAUUGGACGGCUGGGCGGCGCCCAAACUUAAAGACGCCGUACUUACGGAUUCAAAGUCGAGGACGUUGUACAGAGAGUGUAUCGAAAUUAUGUGGAAGAUGUACAACAAGUGCAGGCUCGUUCAUGCCGAUUUAAGCGAAUAUAACAUGCUCUAUCACGACGGGUCGAUCGUAGUCAUUGAUGUUUCGCAGGCAGUAGAUCGUGAUCAUUGUAACGCGAUGGAAUUCCUCAGGAAUGACUGUAGCAAUAUUACAGCAUUUUUCAAAAAGCACAACGUGGGAGUUAUGUCACUUCAAGCUUUGUUCGACUUCAUAACGGAUCCAACUGUAAAUGAAAAGAAUAUGGACGAGUAUCUGAAUAUGUGGAUGCAGGAGGAAAAUCAAGAGAAAGAUCCACAGCAACAAGUGGAGGAGGCGGUUUUUAAGCAAGCUUACAUUCCCCAAAGAUUGACUCAGGUGAUCAAUGUGGAACGCGAUAUAAAUCUCGCCAAGUCUGGAAAAGAUCUAAUUUACAAGACGCUGAUAGGUUUGAAAGCAGACUUGUCCAAGCCUGCGGAAACACCCGAGAUUCUCGCUAACAAACACAAGGCAGAGAGCAAAAGUAUAGAGGAGGGAAACGAUUCAUGUACCUCUUCCGAGGACAAUGAUUAUUCUGACAGCGAGAACGAAAGCGAAACGGGCAGCGAGGAUGAGAAUAAGAGCAAAUUCGUAAAUUCAGCUAGACCCAGAAACGAAAGUCCCGAAAGUCGAAAAGCGCGUAAGAAGGCAAUCAAAGAACAACAGGCGGAAAAGCGGAAAGUCAAGAUAAAAAAACACGUGAAGAAACGUAAAAUAAAAGUAUCAAAAGGAGGAAAAUAGAAAAUGAAUGAGAUUAUGUAAUAUUUAUAUUGAUAAAUAUUUCGACAUGUUCUUAAGAGGAUCCUAAAAUAAAUUACCGACAUUUUUUUUAUUAGAAAAUAUUUUUGAAUUUGUAAAUUCAAUUCAGUUCCAAAUUAUUUUACAUAAAGUACGCAUAAAAAUGAAGAAGGUAAAGGGGGAUUCUAUGUUAAUAACGAAAAAUUUUUUAAUUAAAUUAAUUUUUUAAUGUGUUACAUUGUUAUUGACAUGAAAUCACCCUUUUUAUUUUUAUUUUUGUGCGUACUUUAAUUGUUAAAAGAAUUUGAAGUUCUGUAGAGUCAAUUCAAAGAUAUUUUUUAAAUAAAGUAAGUUGAUAAUUUGCUUUUGAGGAUGGUUUAUAACAGCUGUCACCGUAAGAAUUUAUAAAAGAAUAAUCGACUAUGAUUGACCAAGUUCUUAUGGUAACGGCUAUUAUAAACCAAUUCUUAGGAUCCAUUUAAAUAAACAUAUUUAAGAAAAAAAAAGUACAAAAAAUAGGACGUAAUUAUUUAAGAAUUCUUGAAGUAUUUUGAAUUGUGUAAAAUACAUAUAUUACAUGCCUUUUUUGACAGUUAAAAUCAACUUUUUGGUUGAUAAUAGGCACGUUUAUUUAUUUAUUUUUUUUGCUGAACCGUUUGCGCUAAUUCAUCUUUUUCCCUUCACGUUGGAAGAGGAACAAUUAACUGAUGCAGCCAGUUCAGUUAAAAAGAACAAACUUGAUGUCUAAUAUUUUUUACUUUGUUCGAAAUAUAUUCUUUGCUGCGGACAAAAGAUGGCGCUACAAUCGCGAGGAGAAUAACGACCAUCAAUGUACCAUCUGACAUUCGAUUUAUCAGAGAUUUUCUCUCGAGAACGUGUUUAAUUUCAAAUCGAUUGUUCAAAUUAUCAAUUGUCGAACACUGUAAAUGACAUGAACGAUCUAUUAAAGAUAUCGAAAAUCACAGUUUC